UGAACUGUCAGAUCCGGAGUUAAGGUUAGAAUCGACGAAUCGGGUUUAUUGUGUAAUGUCAAAUUAUUGUCGGCAUGAUUCGUCUCAAAUAAAUUUGCGCAUUUCAUCGAGUUCUACAUCAACUACAGCAUAUUAGACACGUAUUCCCAGAGGAAGCUUGAGAAAAUUCGGAAUGGCAAAGUAUCUGGCACAAAUCAUUGUCAUUGGCGGCCAAGUGGUGGCUCGAGCGUUUGCCCGGGCCUUGAAGCAGGAGAUUGCUGCGUCCCAAGAGGCCGCACGCCGUGCAGGAGGUGGCCAAAAAGGUCACAAUCGAGCUGCUGCCAAUGCCAGAUCAGGACUGACUCUGGAGGAAGCACAACAAAUUCUCAACGUCUCGAAGCUGGACCGGGAGGAAAUUUUUAAGAAAUACGAACACCUGUUCAAUGUGAACGACAAAUCGAAGGGUGGAUCAUUUUACCUGCAGUCGAAAGUGUUCAGAGCGAAAGAACGACUGGACGAGGAACUGCGGCUGAUGGAGAAGGCGGAGAAAAAGGCGACGGAGUCACCCCCACAGGACAAGAGCUGAGUUCAGCUGCACCCGAAGCCUGAGCUACGCCUCCUUCCAACCAGUUCAUAGUUUAGUUAUUUGUUACAACCGUUAGCGGCUAUUAAAGUUAAUUAUAAGUAAAUGAGCCACACGAGGAGGGGAAAGCGUUUCUCCGGGGCUUGUUGCUUGCACCAAGUGAAGAGUCCUCGAAUUGAUGAAACGGUUCUCCUCAAUCUCUCCAAAGCAAACGCGUAGCAAAUCCUAGAUAUCCGUAGAUUCUAUUGUAAAUAAUUGUGAAUUGAAUAAAAUUCACUGUGGAUGUGAUUUCAGAGGAA